AUGCGUGGUGCAAAAAUAUUCAGUAUUUUGGACCUUAAGUCGGGAUACUGGCAAGUACCACUUAACCAAAACGCUCAAAAAUACACCGCAUUCCGAAAGCRUCGARGUCUGUAUCAAUUCCGAGUCCUCCCAUUUGGCCUCAAGAACAGCCCCAUGACCUUUGUACGUUUAAUGGACGAAGUAUUGAGGGGGUACCUAGAUGAGUUCGUCCGCGUAUAUCUAGACGAUAUAGUGGUGUUUUCAAACACUACGGACGAACACCAGUGCCACUUGGACAAAGUUCUGGAACGUCUACAGCGACACGGGCUGACGUGCAACACCGAAAAAUGUAGUUUUGGAUCUACCGAAAUCUCAUUUCUCGGACACCUCUGA